CCGCAUGUUAAACCGGGCCGUUACACUGGCUUUAAUUAAAAAAUCCGCUCUCUCGCGCACAAGACAUCUCGUGAGCCGAUCUGAGCCGAGACCGAAUUAGAAUAAAAUCAAUGUUUAAGUGGGUAUAGUCCUUUUUCCUGCCUCAGAUAUGAUCUGAUAGGCAAACAAUUACUGGAAUACAACACACUGGGGGGAUGAAUAAUAGAAGGCUGAGCAAAUUUAUGGAAUUUAUUAAUGAGAAUAAAAUGAGCACCAAGAUGAUGCUAUUACCACCAGUUACACCACAUUUUUCUGAAUCUCAUGGCAUUGCAAUUAUUCAGCAUGUUAAGCUGUCUCAGCGUUAUGGCUCUAUCAAAGUGCAGUAUAUGAAAUCUUAUCCGUGUGGGUGAGUGGAUCGGGCCACGGCGGGGUUGGAGAAAAGGACAAAUCACGUCAUAUUCUUGCAUGAAGUUAUUUUGUCCUAUCAGAGGUGGAGAGGUCACUGACGGCUGAGCCUGCCAGUGACCGCUUUUACCCGGGUGGGUUACACAGGACACGUGCGUGGGGAUCCAACCAGCCUGUGUUUAAGCAUAAAUCUCUUUACACUAUUCUCCUAUAGGGUAAAGCAUCCUGAACAGACACUCCUAUUCAAAUGCUUUGUCCUCUAUCUCAGGGACACUGCGCAUCUCUGUGCUCCCCCCGUGUGUCGGUGCGCAGACUCAUUUAACUGCCCGAGGAACAUAAACAAGCAACGGAAACUAUAGCAGUAUUAAAUCAAGCCCCGCGUUUAGCCCACAUAUUGGGUGCCAAGUUUCUCCGCACAGUCCAGGAAUCUCUAAACAGGGUUUAGAGGUCUUUCAGAAGUCCCCCUUUUUUUCCCUCUCAAAGCCCGGAUUGGUCACAGUGCGGCUCAUUUGCAUGCCUCGCCGUAUAAACCCUCCUGCAGACACUGCAGCCCUCUUGCGCUGAGAGCAGCACACCUCCAGUAGAGAGAGAGCGGAGCGCAUCCAGAGCGCGCAGUGAAAGACAUAUGGAAUAUUUAUUACAGGCUUUAUACUAAAGAAGAAAAAAAAAAACAGCCCCGGAGAGUCGACAAGAGCCGGGAAGGGAUAGCUUUUUUUUUUCAGGUGUUUGGUUUAAACUUUAAACUGGACUCUUUUCGGACAGUUUGCUGCUGAAUUUCAGAUUUAUUUUGGAGUGAAGGUGUCAAGAUGGGAGAAACAGGGUGGAACGGGCUGUUGGUGCUCGUGUGCGUCUCUUUGCUGAGCCUGUCUGCUGUCACACAAGGAAAGACGGUGAAAUAUCAGACAUUUGAGGAAGACGCACCAGGGACAGUGAUUGGAAACUUGGCCAAGGACAUCUCCUCCACUCCCUCUUCCUCGGGAGGCUCCAGGACCAAUUUCAGGAUGAUGAAACAGUUCAACUCCUCUUUCAUCCGUCUGAGGGAGAGCGACGGGCAGCUGAGCAUAGGAGAGAGGAUAGACAGAGAGCGCGUCUGCAAACACACCCUGCACUGCCUCAUCGCUUUCGACGUGGUCAGCUUCUCCAAAGAGCAGUUUAAACUCAUCCACGUCGAGGUGGAGGUCAAGGACAUCAACGACAACUCCCCCGAGUUUCCCCGGAAAGAGUCGAGUCUGGAGAUCUCCGAAAACACAGCGGUGGGCACGCGGAUCCCGCUGGACUUUGCCGUGGACGAGGAUGUUGGGGUGAACUACAUCCAAAGCUACCAGAUCUCCGUCAACAGCCACUUUUCAAUCGACGUGCUCAGCAGGGCCGACGGGGUUAAAUAUGCGGAGCUGGUGCUCAUGAAAGAGCUGGACCGGGAGACGCAGGCUUCUUACGCGCUGGAGCUCGUGGCUAUGGACGGAGGCAACCCGUCCCGCACCGGAACAACGCGCAUAAACGUCAAGGUGAAAGACUACAACGACAACAGCCCGGUGUUUGACAGGAACAGCUUCUCCGUGGACCUGCCUGAGGACGCACCGGUGGGCUCGCUCCUGCUGGACCUGAACGCCGAGGACCCUGACGAGGGGCUGAACGGUGAGGUGGUGUACGGGUUCGGUAACCAGGUGCCCCCAGAAAUACGACAACUCUUCAGAGUGGACAGGAAGACCGGACGGCUCACCCUGGAGAGCCCGAUUGACUUUGAAAGUAAGACCACGUACGAGUUUGACGUCCAGGCCACCGACCUGGGUCCGAACCCGAGCCCGGCCAUCUGCAAAAUAGUGGUGCAGGUGCAGGAUGUUAACGACAACGCACCGGAGAUCUCCAUCACCCCCAUGACGUCCAUCACGGCGGGGAUAGCGUACAUCACAGAGGCGGCGGCCAGAGAGAGCUUCGUGGCUCUGGUCAGCACCUCGGACAGAGACUCGGGCGCUAACGGACAGGUGCACUGCACCUUGUACGGACACGACCACUUCAGACUGCAGCAGGCGUACGAGGACAGCUUCAUGAUUGUGAGUACCAGCCCGUUAGACCGGGAGAAGAUCCCCGAGUAUAACCUCACAGUGGUGGCGGAGGACUUGGGCUCGCCCCCCUUCAGGACCAUCACUCAGUACACCAUCAGGCUGACGGAUGAGAACGACAACGCGCCGGUGUUCAGUAAGCCGGUGUACGAGGUGUCAGUGGUGGAGAACAACGCACCUGGGGCAUACAUCACCACGGUGGUGGCGCGGGACAUGGACAUGGGGUCAAACGGGAAGGUCAGCUACAAACUGGCGGACACCUACUUCAUGGGCUCUCCCAUCGCCACCUUCGUGUCUCUGGACCCGGCCAGCGGUUCGCUUUACGCGCUCCGCAGCUUCAACUAUGAGGUGAUGAAACAGCUGGAGCUCCGCAUCUCGGCGAGUGACGGCGGCUCCCCGCCCCUGUCCGGCAGCGCCAAUGUCUAUGUGAGGAUAGUGGACCAGAACGAUAACGCCCCGGUCAUCACUCAGCCGGCCCUCAACAACGGCUCCGCUGAGGUGCUCCUGCCCCGGGACGCACCGACAGGCUACGUCAUUACCCGCGUGGAGGCGCGGGAUGCGGAUGAGGGCGUGAACUCGGACCUGUCCUACGGGCUGGCCACCGGUGAGCCCUCCGUGUUCUCCGUGAACAAAGCCACCGGGGAGAUCUACCUGAACCAGGUGCUCAGCCACGACGUGGACGAGACUCUCAGCGUGACCGUGACGGUGAGUGACAACGGGAGGCCCGCGCUCACCUCCACCGCCACGCUCCACUUCCUCAUCAUCGCGGGCUCCCCGCCGAGCGACAGGACAGUGUACCAGUCAAGCGGCGGGGACGAGGUGCACGCGCAGUGGGACCUGUCGGUGGUGAUUAUUGUUGUCCUCGCGGGGAGCUGCACGCUCCUGCUGCUCGCAAUCAUCCUCAUCGCCACCACCUGCAACCGGCGCAAGCAGGACAAAGGCGGAGAAGACAGCGACUCUUACGGGGAGAAGGGCACGCUGGAGCGGGGCAGGAGCCACGUGGUGGACAACCCGCUGCUGCCUCUCCAUGGAUCCGGGGGAGGAGCGGGCUUUGACGGACACUCCUACAGCAGCCAGCCCGGUGGGUUCACCUCGGCUCACCCCGGGGGCAGUGACAUGUGCUCGGCCUCAGAGGACGGCAGCGAGGUGCCCUGCGUGUAUGACUCAGACAGCAACAGCAAGACCCGAGGGAAUAAACACGAGGGCUACUCCACUCUGCCCGGCUAUGGGAACGGGAAGGAGGCUGUGAGGCCCAUCACCAUCUGGAAGGGGAACUCUUACACCACCAUCUCUGCCAGGGACCCGGCCUUCAGCGGCAAAGACAGUGGCAAGGGGGACAGUGACUUCAAUGACAGUGACAGUGACGUCAGUGGAGACACUGGCCUGAAGAAAGACGGGGCAGUGGUUCCUCCCAUGGGCGGCCAAAAUGGUCUGUGGGCUUGCACCAGUGAGUGUAAGGUCCUGGGUCACUCAGACCGCUGCUGGAGCCCCUCGGCAGUAAGAAGCAACGCAGCUCCCUCUCCAGCCCCCACCCUCUCCUCCUUCAACAGCCUCUCCAAGACGGCCUCCCUGCCCCGGGACCCCCACCGCAGGGACAACUACUACCAGGCCCACAUCCCCAAGACGGUGGGGCUGCAGAGUGUGUACGAGAAGGUGCUGCACAGAGAGUACGACUACGUCCUGGUCACCCCCCCCAGGCCUGUGAGGGUGCAGGAGAUUAGUGAUAUAACCAUCCCUGUUUACACCCCGACCCCGACGCACUGCCCCAACAACGACAUUUAAAACAGACAAUUACACACACACGCACCAACAUCCACACUUAAGCUCACUCUCAAAGAAAUGUAUAGUGUGUUCAGAUUUUUAAUUUAUGACUCAUUGACAAGGAGAAUAAUGUAACUAUUCGUUGCCAUGGAGAGUGUGCACAUAUAAGUUUAUAUCCUAAUAUUUGUGUGUUUUUGUUUUAUUGUAAAAGCCACAUUUGAAGUCCUUUCAAUCACAAGUUCUGUUGGACAUGAAGUGUAUCAUAUGCAAGUUUUGUACAUACAGAGAUUUUAUUUUUUAUAAAAGUAAUAAUUAAACAAAGAUAUGUAGAUAUGAAAUGUAAUUAUUGAUCUUUAAGCAUGCUGACUAUUUAAAAUGGCCCCAGAAACUGUUCAGUUUGAGGGCAGGUGACCCACGGUGUAUCAAGUUGAUAACGAUGUAUGAAAUUAUUUGAAUGCAAUAAUAAGUAAUUGUACAGAUUUUUUUAUCAUCACAAUAUGAGAGAAAAUAAACUUUGAAAUACUGUUCUGAG